AUGACGCAAAAUUCCGCAGAUCCCGCUCUUCCCGUGUCGGAAGGCGGCGAGUGCGCGGAGGUGGCCCCCACGCCCGCAGAUGCGACGCCGAAGCUUCCUGCUGCAGACUGUCCCGCGGCGACGCACGAAACUGCCGACACAACUUCUGAGACGAACCGACAGUCUCCGUCCUCUGAAAAGCCGGAGGCGCAGACAGCGACUCCCGCGCCGGCGACGGGAGCAAAGCAGGAGGGCGAGCAGAAAGAGAGCGGGGAAUCAGAGAAGAACGGGGGAAGCGAGAAAGCCGCCGCGGGGAGCAACGCGUGUGGAGCUGCGUCGGCAUCUCCGGGCAAGAAAGAAGAGAAAGGAGAAACCACGACUUCGACUGCCGUUCGCGUCCACAGAUGGGCCGAUGAAAGCGAUGACCUCGACUCACCGUCCUUUGACCCGUUGUCGAGCGCGGAAAUGGAACCUCCAGAAUUCGAUUUGGGGAUGCCUGCCUUCCAGCGCCCGGGACUCGGGAGUUCAGGGAACGGUAUCGUCCCUCACGCAGCGACUCAGGGCGGGUACCGCCGAGGCAUGCCUGGACAAAGCCCGUACAACAGUGGCGGGUAUGGAGGGUUGGUGGACUCGCGAUUUGGAGGUCUCGUGGGCGCACCGCAUGCACACCACGGGCCCCCGGCCGGCCCCGGCGACGCCCUCAUGCAGGGUAGCAGCGUGGCGAGUCCUUUCACUGAGGUGUACGUGGCUGACCUGGACGCCAACGUGACGGAGGAAGACGUUUCUGUGAUUUUCGCGCCGAGCCUGUCUGUCCGAAGUGUCCGACUGGUUCGAGAACCUGCGAACAGGGGCAACAAAGGCGGCCCCAACGCGACAUGUGGCGCGUACGUGGCUUUCCACUCUCCGGAAGAUGCCCAGCGGGCGCUGUCUUUCCAUGGGAAGCUGUAUCGACCGCCGCGUGGCUCUGGCGCCUCGCAAGGGCUGCGCGGGUCUCGCCAGGCUGGCUCUUUCGGAGGCUCUUCUUCGGCUCGGGUCUUGCGCAUUUUGCCGAUCUCGUCGCCGCCGCUCCUCGGCGGAGACGGCGGCGCCCCGCCGGGGUAUCUGCUGUCUCGGGGGAACCGUGGCGCGGGACCGUUGGGCGGUCACUACCAUUCUUCAGGCUCGCCUCAUCUGCUUCAGCGCGGCGGCCGAGGAGCCUUUGGGGGAGGCGUGUACGGCCAGGCAGUCGCAGACCUCGUCCACCAACAAGCGUCGUCUGUGCCUUCCUAUCGGGGCAGCGUCUCUGGGUCGGCGCCGGGAGGGCUGGGGGGUCCGGGGCCACAUGGCAGAGAGAGAGGCAAACUCUUCCCUGGCGAAGAGGCCGGGCGCGGCGAGCGGGGCCGCGAGGCCGACGGCAAGGGGGUUGGCGGGGCGGGCGUCGGCGCGGGUCGCAGAAAGAAGUCGAGGAGUCCGGAUUUCUCGGAAUUGAGGAAAGAGACCGGGGGAUUGGGUGCAGGCGGGAGAGCCGCCGGCGGCGUGGACACAGCGAGGGGCGGAGGCGGGAUGGGGCCGCGCGGGCCCGGCGCCUCAGGAGACAAGUCCGAAGAGACACCCGCUGCGCCGGAACCGCCCAGAGAGAGACCCAAACUCCUGUUGAAACCACGAACUAAACCGCUGGAUGCUACGACAGAGCCGACGAACCUGAAUCCAGCAAUUUUCGGAGCGGCAAAGCCGAUUGACGACCCCGUCGCGAAGCGCCAGCUGCCUGCGGCCUCCGGCGGCGCGGCUUCGCCCCCUGCGUCUUCCGAUCCUGCGGCCACUCCGUCUGCAGGCCAUCGAGCGUCGACUUCGGGAGGUCCUCGCACGCCGCGCGGGGAGAACUCGAGCGGCGGGCCGAGCACCGACGUCUCCUCGCCAGGGUUCAGGAGGGGCGAGCAGGCGACGAAGGGGCGCGCGGCGCCUUCGGAGAAGCCCGCAGAGAAGGAGACGCGAGCGCAGCGCGGCUCAGGGGCGAGCACGCGGGGGACCGGCUCCACAGAGGACGGGAGACAGAAAGGGAGAGUCGGUGGCGGGGCCCAGAAAGGGGCAGCGGCCGGCGAGGAGGCUGCGGGAGCGCAUGCGUCCCACCAUCCUGGGCGAGAGCGAGGAGAGAAGGAGCGCGACGAGAGAGGCGGCGCGCGGAACCAGCAAGGCCUGUAUUCGGGGCCUUGGCGACGCGCGUCAGUCGAGAAGGAGAAGGACACCGGCGACGAGGGCGGCGCGGGCCCCCAGGCCCCGCACGGCGAGGACGAACAACGGAGAACUUCCGGCGUCGCCAAGAGCGAAGCUCCAGCAGAGACAGAACGGAAGCCGACGGCGCGGACGGGCGACCCGUUCGGGGGAGCGAGACCCAGGGACGAAUUCGAGUGGCAGCGAAAGAAGGAGGCAGCGGCAUCACCUGUGGUGCUUCCCGACGACGCUGGCGUGCGAGUCUCUCCCCUCCAGCAUCCUCCACUGUCGCCGUAUCUGCCCCACCACGGAUCCCAUCCAGGCCGCCAAGCAGGCUUUCUGCCGCCGUCCUACGCGUCCGCGUACACUGCACAGUCCGAGUUGGGCUCUCACCCUGGAGCCUUGGGCGUCCGCGCCCCUGACGAGAGCGCGCGAACGCCGCCUUCGUCUGCGACGCCAGAUGCGGGCAACAGCAGUCGGGGCAUUUUGGGUCCGUCUCCCUCGGCUCGGGGCGGGAGCGGGGCGUCUCCGUCUGGGGCACAGUCGAAGGGCGCGAAUCCCCCGAUGCGAGGAGGGUCUGGGGCCCUGGCCCCGGCUCCGGUGGGCCCUCUAGGCCCCGGCGGGCCUCCGGGCUCGCCGGCCCUGAAGAGUGUCGCCCAGACGCCGCCCUGCAGCGGUGUCUCCUCGUCGCUUCAGCGGUCGCCGAACGCGUCCCCGUCGAUCGGCCCGGGCAUUUGGGGGCGAAGUCUCCAAGGUCCCCUGCAGAAAACGGACGGGGCGCCCGCGCGCGGAGCUCCGGGAGGAAGAGCCUCCGCGUCCGCCGGGGCGCAGGAGCCUCUCUGGCGGAGCAGCGUGGCGUCGACCGGCGGGCCCCGACCGCGCUCUGGGGCGAGCGCCCACGUGACGCCGACCCUGUUUCCCGGUCACGGAGCCGGCCGGGGCGUGUUCCGGCCUCCCGGGAACAGCCAGGGAGGCGAGGGCCUGCUCUCUAUGGGGUCGGGAGACGGCGUCUUGGCGGCCCCCGCGACCCGCGGGGACAGCGAAGAACGGUUGGGAGCUCAGGGGGCUGCAUGCCCGUCAGCGGGCGGCUACCACGCCGAAAACAACGCCCACUGGGCCCGGAAGCCUCAGAACCCCAUUCAAGUGCGAGGCGUUCAGACGGUCGUGCUUUCUGGAGGCGAGCAGCCGAGCGCCGCCGUGUCGCUGAUCGGCGAGGGGGGGACCCAGGACCGUGGAGCCCUGGAGACAGGGCGGCGCGAGCGGGCCGAGCCCGCUUCCCAGGACCGACCUGUCUGCGGCAUGCGCAGCCUGGCGGAGCAGCUGCUCCCCGCGCCGGCGACUAGCACUGAGGGCAAGGCCCGCCCCGCAGACGAAAAGGCCGAGGAGGAAACGAAGAAAAAGGAAGCAAAGGUGCUAGACAUCCUCAGCAAACCCGAACAGAAACAGGGACAGACGGUAUGGGAAGCCCGGAACGAGGUCUUGGGUUUGGACAAGCGGGAAGUCGGACCGACGCGGAGCGCCGGUUCAGCGGGCGAGAGAGUGGAGCAGGGCGGAGACGCCCCACACGACGAGACGAGGCGAGCCUCAAACGCCCUGCAGGGGGAGGGAGCCGCCGCGUCUACCGCUGCCGAGCGCGAAGGAGAAGGACAAGAGGGCGAGGGCCUGCGCGCGUCUUCGCCUCGUCCCGCCCAAGCCUCGUCGCCUGGUCGGGCAGAGCAGAGGGGCGAGGGCGAGACUUCCGCGUCUUCCGGCGACGUGCAUGCGGAGAAAGAAGGACGAGACGAGCGAAGCAAAGGCAGACGGGGCCUGCCGCACGGGCGCGGCGAGCCCAGAGGGCCCGCCUACGCCUACGACGGCAGGGGCCGCCCUUCGACCGGUUCCCACGGGGCGCGGGGGUCUGAGGCAGCGCCCGGAGACGGCAAGCGAGAGGACGACGGCAGACGAAACAUCGCAGGAAACCGAGAGCGAGAUGGACGAGGGGCGGGAGACUCCAGAGGCGGGAGAGGAGGCAGAACGCGCGGAGGCGGCGAGGGGAGAAUGCGCUGGAGGAGAUACACGGGCGAAGGCGGAGACGCCACGCCCUCAGAGCGAAUGGGCGACGACCAAGCGCAUAGCGCCACGGGGGAUCAACGCUCGCAUGCAGACGCGCCCGAGGCUGCGCAGAAGGACGGCGAGGAGACGCCGCAAGAGAGCUCCUGCAUGGAUGGCGAGGCUGGGCCCGCGGGAGAGAAGGGGCGACGAGGCGAGAGCCAGGCGUCCUCUGUCCACGACUAUUCUCGCGAAGGCGAGAAGGCCUUCAGGCGGCGCGGCGGAGAGCGAGGCCGAGGCGGCUGGCGUGGCGGCGAAGGCAGACCCGAGGGAGCAGGUCGAGGCCGAGGAACCCGAGGGAAAAUGCGAGAAGGCGUCGGAAUGUCGAACGGCCACCAGCCGGGAGGACGCCACGGCGCGCCUGGCCAUCGCCGCGAGCAUCCCGGUGGAGGCGCUGGCCCUGAUGAGGAGAGAGGCCACGACUCUCAGGUUGCGAGUCCUCGAGUGUAA